AUGCCAUUGGUAGAGGAAGACGACGAGCCACUGCAGCUCUCAAGCAGUGCACUAGACGCCCUUAAAGAAUUUUACGGCGAGCGAGAUGCGCGCCAAAAGCAAUUCGAAGAGCUAAAAGGCAAGGCGGAAGAUGACUUCGAUGGUAAAUUGUCCAUGGACGCAUUCACCGAGGACUGGAACGCCAGCCAGUUCUGGUAUAGCGAUGAGACGGCUACACUGCUCGCAAGGCAACUCUUGGUCGGCGCCACAGACGAGACGCGUAUAGCGGUUGUGUCUGCCCCGAGUGCGUUUAUCCAGUUGAAAAAUAUACUGGCUUCAGGCGAGAUCAAGUGCAGGCCGCACAUGACCCUCCUGGAAUACGACGAGCGAUUCGCAGUAUUCAAAGAAUUCGUCCGCUAUGACUUUGAAAAGCCGAUCCAACUACCAGCAGAACUAAAGGCCUCGUUCGAUGCAAUCAUCUGUGACCCACCCUUUCUAAGCCAAGAUUGCCAGACGAAAGCUGCGUUAACAGUACGCUGGCUAGCCAAAUCUUGGACGCAGGAUGCCUUGCGACUCAUUGUCUGCACGGGCGAGCGCAUGGAGAAUUUGAUCACGGAGAAACUAUAUGGCAAGAUUGGUACCAAGACAACAGACUAUGAGAUCAAGCACUCCAAGGGUUUGAGCAACGAGUUUCGAUGCUAUGCAAACUUUGAGUGCGAGGAUUGGAAAUGGAUAGCGUCGUGA